CAAAGUAGUAAACAAAGGCACAAGUGUCACAAUUUUUCAAGAGGAAAGCUUUCGCAUUGAAAUUGUUGAAAAAAAUACAUCUUUUUAUAUUGUAAAACGUAUUUAAUUGUACUGAUUCUACCAACGUUGUGAUAAUAGUAUUGUGAUAUAGCGAGCAUAAGCAUGGAUGUGAAAGAAUCGGGAUCAAAAAUUUAUAUCAACCCGGAGUUUAAAAAGGCGCACAUUAAUCCAAACUUCCUGACUAAGAACCUUCCACAAGCACCCACCGAACCCAAACCAGUGGCCAUCGCGGCUCCCAGCAUCCAUUUUAACCCUGCAUUUUUAGAACGAUUAAGUUUACGACAGCAGCAGCAAAAUGAGCAUCGCGUACCUCAAGAACCAGCAUCUGCUCCGACAGCGCCGAUUCCUCAAUCAAAUCCAAUCAUCACAAACACCAAGCGGAAACUCGUUCGGGCCUCUUCGGCCAUUCCGGUCAGCACGACAGCAGUACGGACCGCGCCCCUGGUGGCUCCGUUGGUUAAGGUCAGCCGCAACAAGUUGAUUCGAUCGGUUCCGGCCUCCGUUGUGGUGCCUCACGUUGCAGUCAACCCGACGACAAAGUCAGCAGGAGUGAGAAUAGUAGAGAAGCGCUUCAAGUUGAUAAACGGAAGCAAAGCGCUUUACAAAUUGGAUCGCCGUCCAGCGGGCACUUUACGAUUGUCUUUGAAACCUAAGUCGUCUGUGCGGCGAUUCUCGCUAGUCCGGAGCAACUCUAUUAGCCCACAGAAAGUUGUCAUCACCGAUAGGAAAUUAUUGAAAUUGUGUCGCAACAGACCUCCACUGAAAGAUGUUGGAGGAUCAACACCCCGUAAUAUCACUUUCAGCUCUCAAAACAGGAAGCUGGUGAUGGUCAACAUCAAUGGAGUUUUAUAUCGUUCCUCUUCUAACAAGCUACAAGUGUCGACAACACGAACCCCUGCAACACCCACCCCAACGUCUUUCAAGUCACCGGCAGGAUUAACUUCAGCUAACAGUAGACAGCGCUUCUUAUUGAUUCGCGGUACCAGAUUUAUGCUGGAUCAAACGGGAACCAAGCUAAGGAAGAUUCCUUCCGCUGAGUUUGACCAUCCUCAUCCGGCGAAGCUGCGUCGAAUCGACAUCGGUGGACUAACGUACAUGCAGAAAACGGAUGAUACUUUUGUACGAACAGAAACCCAUCGAACCAGAUCUUACUUGAGCUCGACUAAACAGAAAAGCAUUCACAUGUUGACGAGUAACAUGCGAAAGUGUAAUAUUCCGUGUCCCAUCUACCGGCGUUUAGGAAAGUGCACUGCGUUCUCACGAGGAAAAUGUCCCAAGGUGCACGACAAAAAUCAAAUCAUGAUUUGUUCCAAAUUUCUGAAAGGCGAAUGCUCCAACAGUGAAUGUCUCCUGUCACAUAAUGUGACUCUGGAAAAGAUGCCCGUAUGCCACUUUUUCCUGGAGGGUCGCUGCACGAAAAACGAUUGUCCUUAUCUUCACAAGAAAGUCAGCGAAAAGGAACGAAUUUGCGAAGAUUUCCUAAAGGGAUUCUGUGCACUGGCGGAUAAGUGCAUGAAACGUCAUGAAUUCAUUUGCCCGGAAAUGGUUCGGCUUGGAGUAUGUGAUAGAACCAAUUGUCCUUACCCGCACAGUCGCAGAAGUGAGAAGAAAAAGCCCCAGGUAUCCAGUGAUAAUAAGGAGCAUCCCAUCAGAGCUGCGCCAGUGAUAAGAGAACCGAAACAAGCUGCGCCUAUUUCAUCGCAAAGAUAUUACAUUAAUAGCACUGAUGAUUCAUCGAUAGCAGACGUCGUGCAGCUCUCCGAUGUCCAGGAAGCUCAGCUCAAAAGUAUGCUUUCAAAGGUUGAGAAAAUGAAGCAGGGACACCUGGACAGCAACUGCGACUCAAAGCCCGAUCUUAUCGCCAAGAAAAACGACGAAGAAAUUGAAAUUAGUAGCUGCGACGAGCAGGAAAGUGAAGACGAACAUUCAGAGCAACCAAUCGUAAAGAAAAGAGCAAAAUUAGGUCCAUUGCCCUCGUUCAUUCCUAUUUAAAUUGGUAAUGUUAUGCAUUUGUUUGCUGGAUAUUUUUCUUUUCAACUAACUACCCAGUAUGAAUUCAAAAUGAAUGGCUUUGAUGACUAACUGUGAAUUUGAAUGAUGUCAAGGUGCAUAGGAGAUAUUGCCAUUUGUCCUUAGAUUGGUGUUAUUUGAAGAGGUCAUAUUUUUUUCCGACAUAAAAAGAAGGUACAAAUAGAGCUCAUUUCAUAGUUACGUACAUAUAUCUGUUGAAGCUUACCCGUCUAUUGUUAUACUGCUAUUGUCCCAACAUUAGUUUCCUAAAUUGCAUUUAUCAGAAAGACUUGAUAAAUAUCGUGAAUGCCGCAUGCGAGUCGCAUAUUUUCUGGUACGAUGUCAACUACAACGGGUCUCUCACCACCUUGUAGCGCAAGGCGGAAUUCAACAAAUUGAGAGUAGGUACUUAUCUUUUAAUUAUGCGAUUCUAUCGUUGAUUCGAUUAGCCCUUCAUACACAACCUGCGAUAAAUAGUUGAUUUUUUUCAACCUGGUAUUCCAAAUCCAGAUGUUCUUUACUACCUAUCCCAAAUUGAAACAAAUUGUACGAUUUCAACAUACAUUUAAAAUCCAAAUACUUUCGGUAGUAGAAAUUUAUGGUCCCAUAAGACAACCUCUUCUAAUCGUAAACUGUUUCGCGAUGUUUAGCUUUAGCUUGAUUGUGCCGAUCCCGAUUUCAUUGUUGAAUUCACGCUGCGUGUUACGGCUGAAUUGCCAGGCCGGACACCGUUCCAAACUUGCAUAACAGUUCCAUAUGAAUAGGAAACCCAACAAAGAUGAGACUAAAACGGUUAUACAACAAAUAUUGAAGCUGUAUCGUGCACUUCAUAUACAAGAAAAAAACACCACCCUAAGGACUAAAGAAAUUAUCGAACAAAUGCGAAACAAUAAAUCACCGUGUGACACUUUGCAAACGCUGUACUCUUUCUUAAUUGUUAUAAGAUGCGUUUUUAGAGAAAAA